CAGUACGGUGUCACUUGUCGAAGAACUAGGAGCAAUGGUGGCUUCGUCCUAACUGCCCAAGUGGUUGGAAUCCCUCAAAAAGUUCCAAGUGCAAGUUUGUUCGUGAGUGAUUAGGUGCAAUUGCUGACCAAAAGAGAAAGGGUGUCUCUUAAUGAAUUCUCCAGAGACCCACCAAAUAACAAAGUGCAUCCUGCCACAUCCCCAGCGAUGAUCAAAGUACCCUCUCGAUGGCAAGUGGAAGUGAUUAGAUAAUAAGUGGUGGUAACGGAAGAUGAAGUGAUCUGGAUGCUUCUCCAGUGAAGGGAUGUUGUGAUGUUGAUGUGAAAUAGAAACUUCGUUAGAUAGGAAAUUGUGUGUGGCGUAUGUGAAGGUAUUUUUUGGCGGGUGGAUCACUAAAUCACCCGCUGGAGCUUUGCCUUUCAUCCCCCCAAAAAUAGCUGGGGCCCAUCACCAGGAAAAGCAAAAAUCCUUGGGCUUCUUCCUUCUUUUUUUUUUAUUCUCUUUCAUUUGGAAGACGAGGGUGUACUGGCAACGAUUCGCAUAAUAUUUUCGCCGUGGCUGAGGAAUACAAAACGGCGUCAAAACGUGGUCGGAAUUGAAGAGAGGUCUGCAAUCCCUGUGGGUGACUACAUGGUGUAGCUCCGAACUGCAGCGGAAAAAUCAACAACUGCCCCCGGCCACCAUCCACGACAGACCACCCGCCACCCUACCACCCCCAACGGGCUCCCAGAGCAGCGAAAAGCUCAUCGUGACACCCAGCAGUGAAACAGAGAUGGAUGACAUGUUUCUUCAGUGCAAUAAAAACGCGAUUUAUGUCCUCAACAGCAGCUAUCACUAUGGGGAGUACGACAUGAUAAACCUAUUCGGAUCACCGGCUGGAAGAGCCCUAAAUUCAUCAAAGACACCACAGACAUCUCCACAGCCUCCAGCCACUACCCCAACGUCCUACCCUCAACUUCCUGGCCACAUGAGGAUCUCCACGGAAACCGAGGAACCUCCAACGGUCAAAGCUGCCAAGAAAACUUCCAUCUUCAAGUCCUCCAACAUUGCGGCGAAGAAGAGCAAGUUCUGGAAGUUCCUCGAGGAUGAGAAACUGAAGAAGAACAGUGUCGAAGAUCUCUCAACCACAAGCAGUGGACAGAGCAGUUCUAGCCGAUGGAGGAAAUCCAAUCGAAAAUCGAGCACAGAACUGUAUCGUGAAGCUGCUCAAAUGCUCGGACUCUCCUGCACAUUGAGUGACAAUUGCAGGUGUAUGGAUUGUCAGAGCCGCUAUUUCGACUGUGAUGACUCCGAUACGUACUCGGACCAUUCGUUCAGGGUGGACUACGGAUACCCCGAGGAUACGCUCAACAGGGCGCCCGGGGAUAGCCAACCCCCAGGAGAUGGGACUAUGUGGACGGGUGGCGACUGCCCGGACAAGUAUUGCACUUCAGGUGGCUGUGAGGAGCUCUCGAAUAGCGAGUCCGUGAGCGAUUUGAGUGUCGACGACGAGGGACACUGUAGCCCUGUAGCUGUGACAUAAUUCCCAAGAGGAUAUCCAGGGAGAUGAACUCCUGCAACGUUAAUUGCUGAGUGCCCAGCUGGCAGGAUCAACGCACCAUACAUUCAAAAUUUUCAACCAAAAAAAAAAUUAAGGAUAAUUGUGCUGUAAAUAUUUAAUAAGUUUCGCGAUUGGUUUCGAGGAGGAUUUCUAGGCGCGUUAUUGAAAAAAAAAAUCCUCCUGAGGUGUUUUGAGCACAGCAGAAACUAAAGUUGUUAGGCAUUAAAAUUGUUAUAAACUAUCAAUGUGAAUCAUCAUCAUUCUGCACAUAUUUAUUUUGUGCUCGCGAAUUUCCCAUCGAUGAUUGUGAGAAUGCUGUUAUUUGUGAAACUAAUUGCUGAGGACUUUUUAUUUAAAAAAAGAAAAGCUAAUAUGAAAAAGGGUUAUGUUUGCGAAAGGAGAAAGCAAAAAGCGUGUGAGUGCGUGUAUUUGUAAAUUAAUCGGACUGAUUUUCGUGGACAAAUUCGAGGGAUAGAGGCAAGCAAAAAAUAUCAAACUUAUAGAGCGUGUAGCAUGCUCAUCAAUCACACUAAUUUUCACUCAUUUUUCAUUCUCAAAAAUCCACCAAACUCGUAUGUGUAUCAUCGCUAAACAAUGUAGCUCGUAGAUAAAUCACCAAUAAUUAAAAUCACACGAAGAAAAAAGUUUCAUACGAAUUAAUUAGGAAUCACUGAAGGGAUUCCAGCGGCCGUUGCUUACAAAUCACGCAUUUGAAAAAAAAGAAAA